GAAAUGAAUGUCAUUGCAGCUCACUCAAACUCGUCAUCGGUGUCGACUGAUCAUCAUCAGCAUCAAUCACCAAUGAUGAUGGUGUUGUCACCUCCUGGCACACAGGUUGGCACCGGCGCAGACUUUGAUGAUAUAAAGUUGUUUGUACAGACACCUUCGUCAUCAUUGAUGUGUCCAAUACACAAUGGUCUGUUUCGUGAUCCGUUCAUUGCCAAGUGCGGUCACACCUUUUGUCGCAACUGCGUGUUGGCGCGCACCAAUAGCAACGCACGUAUCGAGUGUCCGAUCGACAAGACACAGCUCGUCGAGAAUGACUUCUUCCCCAACCUGGCCAUCUCGGCACAGAUCAGCGACCUAAUGAUAUACUGUCGCUAUGGACUUAAAACACACAAUGGCGAAUGGGUUGUCGAUGACUCUGGCUGUACCGAGCGUAUCAGAGUAGGCAGUCGUGCCGAGCACGAGAAGGCCUGCGAUCAUGCAAUCAUCUCAUGUCCCUACAACAAGUCAUGUACACCAAUGAAGCGAUACAAAAUGAAGCAACACAUGAUAAUAUGUAGUCAUAUACAUUGUCCACAUCGAUCAGCUGGAUGUACGUUUGAAGGAACAAAGGCACAGUUGGAUGAUCAUCUCCUGGGAUGUGGAUACGAGAGCAUCAAGGACUAUAUACAGCGCAAUGAGGAGCAGAUCAAUAUGCUGCGAACACAGCUUGAUGAGAAACAUACAGAGAACGACUUUUUAAAGAAGAGUAUCAUUCAGCUGACAUCGCGAUUCGAUCAGCUGGCACUGAAGCUCGAGGCCAAGACCAACAAGUUCGAAGCCAAUCUAAGACAUCUGCAGGCAUCGCUCGAAGCCACGCAGAAUCAGCUGUCCGAGUCAAUGAUCGAUCUGAGCGUGCUCAAGAAGAACACUAACAUGGAGGGCGUGGAGAUUGUCGACCUAAAGAUCCCGCAGCUCAAGUGUAAGGGUACAUUCACUGGCCACAACGGCCCCAUCUGGUGCAUGACCGUCACCAACGGCAUGCUCAUCAGUGGCUCGUCCGACACGACCAUCAAGGUGUGGGACUUGGCCACGCUCAAGUGCAAGCAGAUGUUGUCUGGGCACACGGGCAUCGUCCAUGCGCUCGCUGUCAUUGGAAACAGACUGUUCUCGGGCUCGUCCGACCAGACGAUCCGCGUUUGGGACCUCGAGACCUACGAAUGUCUGGCCGUGCUCACCGAUCACGACAACACGGUGUGUGCGCUGGUCGUCACUGCUGGACACCUCUUCUCUGGCUCCUAUCAACACAUCAAGGUCUGGGACUUGACGACAUUCGAAUGCGUCCAGUCUCUGAAAGGUCACAAUCAUUGGGUGCGCGCACUCACCGUCUCCAAUGGCUUCCUGAUCAGUGGCGCGUACGGUGUGGUCAAGAUCUGGGACCUCGGCGACUUUGAAUGCAUUCACACGAUACAGGGUGGAUGUGGCAGUAUCUACUCGUUGGCCGUUGCCAAUCGCAAGCUACUGGCUGGCACAUACGAGAACACGAUCGUGGUCUGGGAUCUCGAGACGUACGAGAUUAUCAGCAAGCUCAGCGGACACAUUGGUGCCGUCUACACACUCGCCGUGUCUGGUCAGCGAUUCUUUAGUGGCUCCUACGACUCGACCAUCAAGGUCUGGGAUGCCAACUCACUGAUAUGUGUCCAAACGCUCAACAGACACACUUCCUCCGUCGACUCAUUGGUUGUUCACAGUGGAUGUGUAUUCAGUGGAUCUGCGGAUAACUCAAUCAAGGUGUGGCGUUGA